CGUGUCGCUGCAGUGUUGCGCUUACAUGUUUACGGGCGGGAAGAGCGAAUAUAGCGGAGUGUGGGAGCUGCCGUGAGUAAAUAGGAAGCACAUUUUUUUAAUUCACCUUAGUUUUUUUGAUUGUUUGCGCGUUGAAUGAUUCCCGCGGGUUUGCGACGUGAAACGGAUUGGUUUUAAGUGGACCGUCACUGAAAAACUCAAAGGAUUAUUAGACAGGUUGUGUUGGGGCAGAUGGAGAAGCCUCCUACAGAUUCUGGCGGCGGAGGCGAUGCGACCGCGGCAGCGGAGGGCCCCGCGGUGCAGGUGGCAGACGUCUACUGGCCCACAGGGGCUCUCCCGCUUCGGCUUCUGGAGUGGAAGGUCAAGCCUGGGUCUCUCAUUAACGUGGACUCCGUGCUCGCUUUAUGCGCUCCCAUUCCCCACGAGAAGGGGACGGAAGCUGCCAGGCUGCCGGAGAAGAAGGUAAAAUCGGACCGCGCUGGAGUUGUAAAAGAGCUAUGCUGUCAACUUGGACAAGUCAUACCUCCCGGGGGUGUCAUCGUCAGAAUCGAAGAAUGCAGUCACCCGAUAGUGAUGAAGGGUUUGUGUGCCCAAUGUGGCCAGGACCUGACGAAGGAGCUGCAGAGCUCAAAUGGGAAACAGCAAGCUCCCAUCUCCACAGCAACAGUCUCCAUGGUGCACAGUGUUCCCGAGCUGAUGGUCAGCUCAGAGCAAGCAGAACAGCUGGGCAGGGAAGACCAGCACAGACUGCAACGGGACAAAAAGCUGGUCCUGAUGGUGGAUCUGGACCAGACCCUGAUCCACACCACUGAACAGCACUGCCAGCGUAUGUCCAAUAAGGGCAUUUUCCACUUCCAGCUGGGACGAGGAGAGCCCAUGCUCCACACACGUCUACGUCCACACUGCAAAGAGUUCCUGGAGAAAAUAGCUAAACUCUAUGAGUUGCAUGUCUUCACAUUUGGGAGCCGCCUUUAUGCACACACCAUAGCUGGCUUUCUUGACCCUGAAAAGAAGCUUUUCUCACAUCGGAUCCUUUCUAGAGAUGAAUGCAUCGAUCCCUUCUCCAAGACGGGGAACCUUAGGAAUCUUUUCCCGUGUGGGGAUUCGAUGGUCUGCAUAAUCGAUGACCGAGAAGACGUGUGGAAGUUUGCACCGAACCUCAUCACUGUGAAGAAAUACAUCUACUUCCAAGGAACGGGAGACAUCAACGCUCCCCCUGGAUCCCGGGAAGCUCAGGCGACCAAGAAAGGUAAGAAAGGACCCUCGUCUCGGCCGGCAGAGAGCACAGAGUCAGCAGGGACACUUAGUGCAGAAGAGCACAACAAUGGUCUCAGGAAAAGGAAGGACCAUAACUUUUCUGAAAAGGACGAGCCCUCAAUACCUCAGUCUUCUCAGGUAGUACCAGCAAACGAUAGGACACAUCCCAGGGAGGGUGUGGAGGACAAAUCGGGACGGAGCAAAGACUUGGUCACUGCAGCUCUCCCUGGGGCUGGCUCAAGGGAAGCUCCGGAGGGUGACAGAACAAAUGUUAAAGAAGAUGGUAGCAACAGGUUACAAGAGGCGCAGGAUGGUACGAACUCUUCGGCACCGAGCCAUGAAUCCAACAACUUGGACUUUGACCUUUCCAGUGACAGUGACAAUGACUCCAUUACAGAAAAGCCUGCUUCAUUAGAGAGUGAUAGUGAAGGCAAAUCUUGCCGAGCAAAGAAGUCUGCACAAGAACGUGUUGAACAAGAGCCCAUCGAUGGAGUAGAGUCUCAGGUGAGGGGCUCUAAAGAGAACAGUUCUGAUGUAGCAGAACCCUCGGGGGUUCUUCCCCCAGACCCAGAGCUGGAAAAUGGCUGCUCAGAUAGGAUAGAGCCAGAAACGGAGUCCCAGAAUAGUGAACAAUCUGGUGUCACCACAGGCGAGGAGCUACUGGACCAGAGUAUGGAGGAUGAGAUGGAGGAGGAGGAAGAGGAAGUUGAUACAGAUCAAGAUGAUCACCUGAUCUACCUAGAGGAAGUGCUGGAAAGGAUUCAUGCUGAGUACUACGCUCGCUACGAGGGGUACCUGAGGAAGGAGUCCUCUGAAGUGCCAGACAUUCGCAAGAUUGUCCCGGAGCUGAAAGGCAAAGCUCUGGAGGGCACAACCAUAGUGUUCAGUGGUUUGUACCCCACCAACUACCCCAUGGAGAGGACCCGUGAGUUCUACCAUGCCAAGGCACUGGGGGCCAAGAUCAGCAAGAAUUUGGUUCUCGCCUCCCAAGAUUCCAGUCAGACGACACAUCUGGUUGCUGCAAGAGCUGGCACCGAGAAGGUUCGCCAGGCACAGGGCUGCAAGCACCUUCACGUUGUCACCCCUGACUGGCUAUGGAGCUGUCUGGAGCGCUGGGAGAGGGUGCAGGAGCAGCUUUACCCACUAAAGGAGGAUUACUCCAAGAUGCAAAGGAGCAACAGUCCAGCAGGUUUCCCUGAAAAUAGGGGCUCCCUUCAGAAGCCUGUUUUCCAGCAAGCUCCCAUCCUCCGCAGACCGCCACCUCUGGAACCAGAGAUCCGGACCUACGACCCCGUCACGGGAAAGCUAAUCCGCAAGGGCCCACAUGUGUCUCGGCCGCCACACUACCUCCAGGCGUCGGGGUCUUUUUUGCUGCAUGAUCACGGAGAACAGUCUUGUCUCAGGGGAACGUCAAAGAGUCUGCAGGACGGCGUGACACAGUCGUCUAGCCAAGACGACGAGCAGCCGGGGCCAUCUCGUCGUCAACGACAGCCGAGCAUGUCAGAGACGAUGCCUCUGUACACUCUUUGCAAGGAGGAUCUAGAGAGCAUGGAUAAAGAGGUGGACGACAUCUUAGGUGAGGAGAGCGACAACGAGAGUGAUGGGCAAGGGAAGGAGAAGCCAGUUAAUGAGGAGGUGGAGGAUGAAGAGGAGGAGCAGCAGCAGGAGGAGCAACAACAACAGCAACAACAAGAGCAGCAGCAGCAGCAGCAGCAGCCAGGAGCUGGACAGAUAGGAGAUGUGCUCAUUCCUCAAGCGCAGAGCCUGGAAGAGAAUCUUCAGACACCAUCCAGCCAGGCCAGUGCUGGUGUUCUAAGGGGCCAGAAACGUAAGAUUGAAGAAGCUGAGGAGGAGGAGGAGGAGGAUGAUGAGGAGGAGAAGGAGGAGAAGGAGAAGAAUAAAUUUGCUGACGAGUCGUCCAAAGACUCCAUCGAGGAGGAGGAAGGCAGCAGCUCAGAGGCAGAUGAGAUGGCUGCAGCACUGGACGCAGAGCUCAAUGACUUCAUGUGACGCUACUGAGUCACAGAAAUCACCAAAAUACAAAAAAAUCCCAGUCCUGGUACCCAAAAUUUAUUUUUCUGCGUUUGGAGUUGGUGUGUGUGUGUGUGCGUGCGUGUGUGUGAGUGAGCCAUAAGUGUGUGUGUGUGUCUGUGUGUGUGUGCAUGUGUGUGUGUGAGCGAGCCAUGAGUGUGUGUGUGUGUGUGUGCUUUAAUGCAAAAUAAUGAAUGUCCUGUACAUAAACAUGUUGUUGCUGUGUAAAUAAACACUUAGUUUCUUUUUUUGUAGCAUUGAUAUAUAAUUGUCCUUUUGGCAUUUUAUUGUAACAUAAGCUGUAGACGGAGGCGGACGAUUUCUUUUUGAUGUUUUAACUGUUUUCUAUUUCAAGUUUUUAUAAAGAAGAUUAAAAAAAACAAAAAGAUAAAUGAAAUGAUAAAGCGUCAUUUUGCUGGUCGUCACAUGCCAAAGAGUUUGGAUGGAGUAGGUUUGCCGCGGCGUGCAGCUCAAUGUUUUUUACACUUUGAUUUUUCUUUUUGGUCUCCUCAACUGUUUGUUUGGGUUCUUUUUUAGGGUCGUAAAUGCAACCAGCAGAUCCUGACAUUUGAAUGUGUACAUUUGACUAAAGACGAUUUUUCUAAUCACCAGAUCCACAGACACACAUUCCUACUCGUCUCCUGCCUUCUGUCAAAUCUGUUUUCCACGACUCAAAGGUUUCUCACUUACCUUCAGUGUUAAGUAACUAUGCAUAUUUUUCUUUUUCUCAGUUUAAAACUAAAUUAUGAAAAAGUGCUUUAACUGUUUAACACUGGACAGCAGGAGCGACACUCGCUGGUGUUUUUCCCUGAACACAACUCCAGACGUGCAAACACACUGGUUUUAACACUGUUUGCUGUUUUUAUAUACAUUUAUACAACAGAAAACAAAAAAAGGAACAGGAACAAUGAUUAUGGACAUUUUUUUUGGAACGUUACUCCAAAGAAAUAUGUUUUAAAGUCAAAAUUCAGACAAGAAAACCUCUCAACUUUUUUCAUGUUUUCAUUUCACAACUGUUUAAAUAAUAAGUGACUGGUAAGCAGCACUCGCUGGUGGGUUUUUGUGACGUGGUGAAGUGACCGCACUUUGUGGGAUUUCUGGGUUAAACAUCAGCAGCUUCCGUGAGAAGUGGAAAACCUAAAUGGCACAUUUUACCGAGGUUACUUCCACUUCAUGUUUAACGUUUGGCGUCUUGUGUGGAGUCAAACACACUGCACUGAGUCUGGGUUUUUGUUUUGUUUUGUUUUUAUCAAUAAAUAAAUCAUUGUUAUUGCAGAUGUUUGGUUCGGAUCAGACAAAAGUUUCGACCUCGACGUCUUCGUCCUUUUCUCACCUCGCUCAUUGUUAGUGUUCACUGUGGCUCUAAUGUAUUUGUACAUUUUCCUACUUGACCCCAAAAGAAAAUAGAUACUUUGAUUAAAUAAAGAUGUUUCUAAGUAA